AACUCCAUUCAUGAAAAGUGUGACGUGAGCAGGUCUUCAGCAACCCGGUGACGCUGCCACCCACCCACUCACAGUCCAGGUGCUGCGGGAGUUGGAGGAAUGUCUGCUGUUACCCAGCUUCUGUCGUCCUUUCUUUUUGUAUUUUCAGCCCUUAUUCUCUUUCCAAACUGUCAGUUUAGCCUUUCUCCACAGUUUUUUCUCUCAUCCUUGACUCAGUGCUGAGAAAGGACCAUGAUUCUGAGCUCUGUCUGCUGUGACUCUCAGCAUUCAGACGGACCAGUGUGUUAGGACGCGCCCCUCUCAUUGUCACUGGGCAGCCCAUGCACAUGCACGACACCAUGGGUAGCUCCCCCGAGGUGCUCUCGUGGACUUCCUGCCCCAGUUUGCUGGUGGGCAAGCUGAAGGAGGAGCUCAAACUAACUGUGGUUGGGGACGCCAUGAAGAAAUCAAAUGCACCCAACUCACAAUCUCCUCAAGCCCCUCCCUCCAACUUACCUCCUCAGAUCAUCACAGACCUGGCUCCGCCCACACACCUGCCCGUCCCCCUGCAGACGCUUCAGACGCCGGGCCAGGACGAGGACUCGAUGCUGGGGGGCAUCAGUCCCCCAAACACGGCCUUGAGCGUGGACUCGACGAGAAGCGAAGGCGGGCACUUUGACAACAGCGUGCUUCAGCUACAGGAGCAGGACCAGGAGGAGGCCGGAUCACCUGCGUCCUGUGAACACGGCGGGUGUGGAAGUGGGAUGGAGGAGCAGACUGGAGAAGGGGACUGUCCCGUGGACCACAGCCAGGACGGGAGGCAAAGCCAUCCGCAUCACCAUGACGACAUCAAACUGCACUUCCACAGAGCAGGGCCGGGGUCUGGGGGCUUCCUGGAGGGGCUGUUCGGCUGCCUUCGACCGGUGUGGAACAUCAUCGGGAAGACAUACUCCACAGAAUACAAACUACAACAGCAAGAUAUGUGGGAGGUUCCAUUUGAGGAGAUUUCAGAGCUGCAGUGGCUUGGCAGCGGUGCUCAAGGAGCUGUCUUCUUGGGCAAGUUCCGUUCAGAGGAGGUGGCCAUCAAGAAGGUGCGCGAACAGAAGGAAACGGACAUUAAACACCUGCGGAAACUAAAACACCCCAACAUCAUCAGCUUCAAGGGUGUGUGCACCCAGGCUCCUUGUUACUGCAUCAUCAUGGAGUACUGCGCCCAGGGGCAGCUGUACGAGGUGCUGAGGGCGGGACGCAAAGUGACCCCAAGGCUGCUGGUGGACUGGGCCUCAGGCAUCGCCAGCGGCAUGAACUACCUACACCUCCACAAGAUCAUCCACAGAGACCUCAAGUCCCCCAACGUGUUGGUCACCCACAACGACACUGUGAAGAUCUCUGACUUUGGAACAUCCAAAGAGCUCAGUGACAAAAGUACCAAGAUGUCAUUUGCGGGUACGGUGGCUUGGAUGGCUCCAGAAGUAAUAAGAAACGAGCCUGUCUCUGAAAAAGUAGACAUCUGGUCAUUUGGAGUUGUGUUAUGGGAGCUGCUGACUGGAGAAAUUCCCUACAAAGAUGUGGACUCCUCUGCCAUUAUUUGGGGUGUUGGCAGCAACAGUCUUCAUCUUCCUGUCCCCUCAACUUGCCCAGAUGGCUUCAAAAUCCUCAUGAAACAAACAUGGCAAGGCAAACCUCGGAACAGACCGUCAUUUCGGCAGAUCCUCCUCCAUCUUGACAUUGCCUCCGCUGACGUCCUAGGAGCUCCUCAGGAGACUUACUUUAAGUCACAGUCCGAAUGGAGGGAGGAAGUGAAGAAACAUUUUGAGAAGAUCAAAAGCGAAGGCACGUGUAUCCACAGGUUGGAUGAGGAGCUGAUUCGACGCAGGAGGGAUGAACUCAGGCAUGCGCUGGAUAUCCGAGAGCACUACGAGAGGAAACUGGAGAGAGCCAACAACCUGUACAUGGAGCUCAGUGCCAUCAUGCUGCAGCUGGAAGUCAGAGAAAAGGAACUGAUGAAGAGAGAACAGGCAGUGGAGAAGAAAUACCCCGGCACCUACAAACGUCACCUGGUCAGACCCAUCGUCAGAUCUAAUGCUGUAGAGAAACUCAUCAAGAAGAAAGGAAGCAUUUCACACAAACCUGGGAUACCUUCAACCAAAAGGCCAGAUUUACUUCGCUCUGAUGGCAUCCCCAGUAUGGACCCCCUGCCCUCCCCUUCACCGCUGUCGGCCAGUCCGAAAGUCUCCACACCUCCUGGAAAGUCUCGCUACAGAAGCAAACCUCGCCAUCGGCGCGCCAACAGUAAAGGAAGCCACAGUGAGUUUCCUGGAGUACUGAAGCCUGCUGCUGGAGCACCAGAAGACACCCAGUCUCUGCAGGAGCAGCCGUACCACCACCACCACCACCACCACCAUCCACCCACUGAGGGGCCCUUCCUCCCCUUGAAGGGCCGCGAAGAGGCUGUUGUCAACUGUGCCAACAAUUUGCGUUACUUUGGCCCUGCUGCUGCCCUCCGCAGCCCACAGACUGACCACAUGCAGCGCCGUGUGUCCGGCUCCAGCCCUGACCUUAUUUCCACCGCUGUGGAUGCAGACACGCGUCAGCGGACUACAUCCACCAGCUCCAACCCGGUCCCGGGUGCUGGUGCUCGUUCCUUGUGUCCCUGCUGCCAGGCACACCCCUUCCCUGGCUGCUUACACUGUCAGGAGACCCCUCCCACAUCCAGCCACUCAGAGUUACCCAAUUACUCGCUGCUGAACACCCAAGAAGGCACCCAGUCUUCUUUAGGAGCACCUAGCAAAGAUCCAGGCUUGGAUGGAGAGACCAUGAAGACGGCUGAGCCACAAGAGCAGGAGGCGUCCAAGCACACACACCCCCUGCCCACUGCACUGCCCCGCACACUCAGACCACUCAGGAAGGGUGGAGAUGAUUCAUCUGAAGAGGAAGAGGGAGAAGUGGACAGUGAAGUAGAGUUUCCAAGGAGACAGAGACCUCAUCGCUGUAUGAGCAGCUUCCAGUCCUACUCGACCUUCAGCUCAGAGAACCUGUCGGUGUCCGAUGGAGAGGAGGGAAACACUAGCGACCACUCCCACAGUGGACCCUUGGACAGGCUUAGCGCCAGUCAGGAGGAGCACCUGGACGAGCUGCUGUCGCAUACGCCCGACAUCCCCAUCGACAUCUCCACCCAGUCAGACGGUCUGUCCGACAAAGAGUGUGCUGUACGCAGGGUAAAGACCCAGAUCUCUCUGGGCAAACUGUGCUCCGACGAACACAGCUACGAGAAUCCGCUCCAGUUUGGGGACUCGGACUGUGAUUCAUCAGAAGCAGAGUGCUCUGAUGCCACCAUUAGGAACAACAAAGCCGGGGCCCCUUCCUCGUGGUGAAGCCCACCCCAGGGCUCUAUUCUCUCUUUGCCUGGAGGCCAUCGAUUCCUGCUCUGCCCUGCAGAUACAACAGCAAUAAGAGGACGACAUUAUCAAUAAAACUCCCUAUAGCAAAUCCCUUUGUGCAGUUUCCCCUUGAACCCCCCCUCCCUUCAUUUACCUGCCCCCAUUUCUCAGCACAGCAUCCAGGCAACCCAUGGCAGGGAAUCCCUUUUGAAUGAUAAUGUACAGUAGAUAGAAUAACAUUCAUAAUUUAUUUUUGUCUGAGUUUUGAAGGAAAAUCCAGGACCCUCUGUAUAUAUUCUCUGAUCUGAGCAGAGAGAAACCAGACAAUUGUACAUUUUCAGACUGAGAAUGGGCUAAUUGUGUGUUGGGGAGAGACUGAGACUGGACAAAAAUGGCUGACUGGCUCAUUUUACUGUGUUAAGACUGUGAAUCCCAACCAACAAGCGCUUACUCUCUCUACAAAACAACCAUCCUGCUUCAUCUCGAGCUUACAGAGUUCCAGUGACCUGCCUCCCCGGCUCCAUCCCAAGUGUGGAACAAGGAGCUCAUUUAAAAAAAAAAAAAAAUGUGAACACCAGCAUGAACAACCUGCCUCGCAACAGGACUUUUUCUCCCUCCCUCAACCGCCGUCUGAACCGGAUUCUCCGCUGAAACGUCCUAGCAUGCACCGAGCAGCUCGCGACAGCUGCUCCAAGACUGCAUGAAGUGGACAAAGCUAGCAGAGCAGCAGAGAUGAGGACCCUCCUCGCUGACCACGCUUCUCCAAGAUGCGUCAUUGUCAUCACCAAUCAGAUGUCAUGACCAGAGUUGUUGUCGAGGGAGUUAUCGGCGACGUCUACACAAAGCCCUUCCUUCUCCAUUUAGACAUUACAGUCUCAUCUCAGGAUUGUUCAAGGACUGUGACAAAUUGGACUGGACCAAUUACUGUACUGUAUGUAGGAAUGUUUAUUGAGUGGCACAUAUUACGGACCAUGCAGGAAUCUAAAAAAAAAUAAGUCUUGCCUUGAUGUUCAACCCUUUAGUGCUGUAACUUAACGCUAAGUGUUUCAGUCUCGAUCAGGUGCAGUAUCCUGUUUCUCUAAAUCACCUUGUUACCGUGUUAGAUUCUCUAGCCAGGUGAAUUUCUGCUAAUCAUUUAACAUUUAACCCGCUGUAGUGAAUAAAACAGCAAUAACGUCAUCGGCGCUCAGGUUUGGCGGAGUUUCUCGCUCAGGAUUGGUGGCGUCUAGCUGGCUAGACACGGCACAGUGACUGCAGGCCAGAACUGAGCAGCCUAUACAGCUUCAACUAGACGCUAUGUUGUUAGAUUUAUGUUAAUUUUUCCAGGACUGAUGCUCAGGUUUUUUACGUUGCCUAUUAAGAGCAGGAGCAAUAUAUCACCAGCCACUAGAUGGCGACAGCUACAAUGACUUACUUUGUUGUGUGUUGAGUAAACAUCCAUUAUUCUCCCCUUAUGGAUCCCAGCAAUAGUACUUUUUAGUCUUAUUAUUUAUGAAACAGUAUGCUGCAUCUGUGAGACCCUUUUUUUAAAAAUUUUGUUUUGUUUUUUUUUUUAUCCCCAUUUGAGUGUUUAUCAUUCACCUUAAUGAUUCUGCAGGUGAAACCCCCCCCCCCCCCCCAAAAAAAAAACGCCAGCCAGGGUUGAAUUUAACAAAAAUGAUGUCAAGAUGUCAGCUCAAGUGUGCUGUGUGUGUAAGGCAGUAUAAGGAAUAUAAGCCAGAGACAAGCCCACGGAGCAUUAAGCCGCUCUUGGUUUUCAGCAACCUCAUCUCAGUGUUAGUUCCUCCUGUUGUGUACAUAAAUAUAUAUAUAUAUAAAUCGAACACCUGUAAACGCAAUGUGACCUGUUUUUGUCCUCUCUAUAAUGUAUCGCACAGCUUCGACAGAGCUCCGAGCUUUUGUCACCGGUUGAAAACGAGCAGGAAAUUCUUUUACAUCCAUGUUGCAUCAGUAUUGAACACUACCGCAGGAGGAUGCGAGUCCUAAAAAAAACCUGAGUAGCACAAGGUGAAGCGGAAAACGACUUAUGGAAACCUGUUGCUUAAAAAGUUUUUUGGAAAGGCGUACACCUUGAAAACAGCUGCUGCCUUUCCUCGAGCCUGUACACCUUCGACCUUCUUUAUUUUACUGUUUACGUACGUGUGAAAUAACUUAGUGUAUUGUAAUGACUGGGUAAUCUGAUCAAGCUGUUAAUAGCAUUGUCUUUCUGGCAUAUAUCCUGUGAAGUAUGAUUGUUGUGGAGUUUUAAUUUAAUUUAAUUUUUUUUUUUUUUUCUUUGUAGCUGGCCUACAUGAUUGUUGAGUUAAUUUAUUAUGAAUGACCGAUAAGGUUUAGUGUUCUUUUUAAUUUCAGGCAGCUUUAGAAAUGUUUUGACCUAUGAUCUCUCCUGAAAAGUAUUAUUCAAAGGAAGCACAAUGAAUCGGUAUGAGAAGCAGACAGUAUUUGUGAGGUAGAACAUAAACAUUGUCAUAUCAUUUGCAUCUGCUGUCAUUUUUGACCCUGCAGGGGACCAUUCAUUACACAUAUCCUGAUUGCAGAUGAAGUAUAGAUUAUAUAGAUGAACUGACUUUAAAUCAAGUGGUUCUAAAGCUCUUUUUUUUUUUUUUUUAAUCUCAAUAUAAGCUUUGAGGAUUCACUUCUGUACAAACCCAAAGCCAGUCAGUGGACUUUUCACAGCAGGGUAAUUGAGACAAAAAAAACAAAACAAACACAAAACAAACUUCGAGGGCAUGUGUAGUGCAGAUUUCUGUACUACCGCAGCCAUCCUUUCCUCUAAUUAUAAUCAAAAUAUCAGUUACUUACAUCUGAAUUUCUGUGAAAUUGUCUCUAACUGUAGACAUCAUGUUGCCUCAUCCCAUGUAUCACACACCUGUUUCUUUGUUCUUCUUAUUUCCAGCUCCCUUUCCUGUCCAAUGGCAUUACGAUCAACCAAUCCUGUUUCCUGUAUUAUUUAGUGUACAGUGCAAUGGGUAUCUGGGAGAACAAAAUAAGAGCAAACAGCUGCAUGGAAUAAAUGCUGAUGUACUGUACCCAAAA